AUGCAACCUAAUUUUGUAGAUUACGUUUGUCCUUUUCAGGAAAUCAGUUGGCAUUUCGCCGAAAAAUGUCUCAUCGCCACACUUGCUGGCUUUCUUAGAAAAGGAAUGAGUUCUGGCCCUUUUGGUGAGGGUGCUGAGGCAGACCUCAUAAGUGAGGAAAUUAAUCGGUAUUUCGCCGAAACAGGUUUCAUCGCCACACUAGCUGGCUUUCUUAAGUUUCUACUGUCAAUUCCAAACAGGCCAGAUCAGCCAACGUGUGCAUUGCUUGAGAUGCUUGAAAUACCGCAUGACCGUCUCGACACCAAUGCAAAGAUGGCGAUUCUUCAUGAAACCAGGUCCGAGCUUAUGAAGGCAGUGGAAUUGAACAGCAAGCUUAAAAGGCGCCAUGACGAGAUUCGUAAACUGUUCGUGAAUGGACAGCAGACAAAUUGUGGACAACUCAGUGACUACCAUGAACAACAUGAAAAUCAGUGA